AUGAGACCGAGGCAACGUAAACAGUACACCAGGAACAUGAAAAGAUCGGAUGACAGUGAGAGGGAAAAGAGGAGAAAGAGGCGAAGGCUUCUACAGGAACUUGGAGAACAGAAGAUUCCCUACCUUUCCCCUACAGACCCUGGGUUUCAGGAACUGUGGGACUCCAGUUAUGCGGGACUGGCGUUGCGGCAGGCCGGUUGCCUGCCAGAUGGUCUCCACGAGAAGGUGCAGUCUGCUCUGUUAACUCUUCAUCGCAGUGGCUGCCUCCUCAGAGAUCUAGUUCGUGUCCGAGACCGCGAUGUCUUCACGGCUGUUUCGCGCGCCCUCGUGGGUCAGGCGGGCUACACGUACCGUUAUCUAGAUACGCGUCUCUUCACCAUCCCCUGGCACUGUGAGGGAGAAGGCGGCCAGCGGGAUGAGAAAGAAAAACCGUGCUGUGAGACUGAUCUGAGGGACGCUUGCAAAGCAUUGUGGGAACUAAAUCAGUUCUUUUGCACGGACGUGCAGCAGCAGACAAACACAAGAGGCGUUAAACGUUCCCACAGUGAUACCGAAAACAGCGACGACACACCAGGGGAGGGACCAUGUGAGGAUAGUGUCAAGGACAGGCUCAAAGAGGAGUCACAGCAGAAACAGGAGAGGCUAAAGGAGGCACAGGAGGAAGAGGAUGACAGUGGUCAGGGCUGCUCUCAUUCUUCACCUCCUUCCUCCACCCCGCCACCUUCUCUGGCCAGCCUGUACCAGUUUAACGUUACUCUUAUCAACUACAUGGACCCCAAUGCCAUGUCCCAACUGAAGGAGGAGCCGUAUUACGGCAUGGGAAAGAUGGCGGUCGGUUGGCAUCAUGAUGAGAACUUGGUGCCUCUUUCACCAGUCGCUGUUUACAGCUAUAGCUGCCCUGCAGAGCCAAAGAUUGAAGAAGCGACUGAAAAAGAUGGAGAGGGUCAGAGGAAAGAAAAAGAGACUGAGGGUGAAGGAACAAGUAAAGAUGAUGGUUCGAAGAAAGAAGGUGAAUGUUCGAAGAAAGAGGGUAGAGAUUCAAAGAAAGAGGGUGAAGAUUUGAAGAAAGAGGGUGAAGAUGCGAAGAAAGAGGGUGAAGAUUUGAAGAAAGAGGGUGAAGGUUUGAAGAAAGAGGAAGUGGAAAAAGAGAAGAUAUGUUGGCGUGUUGGACUCAAGGUAGCCUGGGAUAUCCACACACCAGGCCUGGCCCUGCCUUUGCAGUCUGGAGACUGCUAUUAUAUGACAGAUGAUUUGAAUCGGACACAUCAGCACUGUGUUCUGGCUGGUGACACGGCUAGAUUCAGCUCCACUCAUAGAGUUGCACAGUGUUGUACAGGUACGCUGGACUACAUACAAAAGCGUUGCUCAGAGGCCUUGAAGAACUUGUGCACAGAUCCCGAAAAUAACAGCAAGAGCUUGUGUUCCCUUCUCCCCACAACCCUGCAGCACAUUGAGGACAUCCACAAUGAGGUGGAGUUUGAGUGGCUGAGGCAGUACUGGUUCCAGGGCCGACGUUACGCUCGAUUCUGCAGCUGGUGGACUAAACCCAUGGAACAGCUGGAAAAUGACUGGAAGGAGAUGGAGCGAAUGACUCAACUGCUGCUGGCUGUGGUGGAGGAUGAGAACACGGCGCAAGAGAACAGAAGAGAAAUGGCGGACGUCCUACUGAACGCCCUGACAGACAGACAGCAACACAGACAGACAUGGAGAGACAGAUGCCAGUCCAGCCUCGCACAGACCUUGCCACCUGAAGAAGCACCUGUCGACCGACCCUACUGGAGUAACGAAGACCCUGACAUGCCCCUCCCCUUUGACCUCUUUGACAUCAUCAGCCGUGUUGAGUCGCUUCUCUGGAGGAUGUAAGGAUGGUGUACAGAGAGUAGAUGACAGAGAAACAGAGAAAGAUUGUAAUGUGAGGUGAUAAGGCCCUUAUGGAGAUCACAGGUGACAAAAAACAGUACAUCAUAAACCUGUUUACUUUCUCUUCUUGGCCCACUUCACCUGACAACCAACACCUUCACACAUCACUUUGAGGUGAACUCGGAUGGACAGACGGUUAUUUCGAUGGAGGGAUGAUUAAAGACAUUUUUUUCCUGUUCCUAUCAGUAUCAUUUACUAUCACUUUAACUAAAACCAUAGUGUUAAAAUGACCAUGCAUAGAAACAUAUCAGUAGUAGCAUUCAGUAUCCAUAAAUAUCCGUAUAUAUAUCCACAAGCGUAUGUAUGUUUCAGUUCAGUUUUCCAUAUAUCCUUUAAAGCUUUUUUUGGACAUGCGUCAUAUAGCUGUAAACAGUAUACACAGUUCACUUCUUGUGUUUGUGUGCGUGUGUACACGCCAUCUUUUGAGGUGAAAGUAAGAUAGAAUCCCAUUAUAUUGAAUAUGACUGGAUGAGUAAUAAGGCAUUUAUAGGAGGUGUCAAAUAUGUGCAGUUGCCUUUUGUCUAAUGUUUUGUCUAUGGAUUUUAUGUGUUUGAAUUGAAAAUUGUUUUUGAAUGUUUGCCUGUGUGUGCGUGCGUGAGUGUGUGUGUGUGGUUGUGUGUGCGCGUGUUUGUGUGUGUGACUGUUUGUAGAGAAAAGGCGAGGUAAACGUUUUUAAACUAACUUUGUUAAUGAAGUUUGUCUAUAUAGGUGCAUGCAGGUACGAGGCACGCACAUGUGUAAUUGUUUAGACGGCUUUAUUUCUGUGUGAUUGAAUAUAAGUGUGUGUGUGUGUGUGUGUGUGUGUGUGUGUGUGUGUGUGUGUGUGUGCGCAGGAGGAAUGCACUUUUACAUCUUUUUAAUGAAUGAAGGAUGAAGAAAGCACUCUGAUGUCCUUAGAUCGAAUGAAAUGAAUGGAAAAGGGAUGACUGUCGAGACAAGCAGCUUUCGUUUUCCUUUUUACGGUUUUUUGUGUCAUCAGUGUUAUUGUAGAAGAUCCAUAUUAUAGUAUUUGAUGAAGACGCUUAAAUGUGUUUUAUACUUUAGAGUUUUCAUUGGUUGCCAAAUAUUGUGUUUAUGCUGAGUAAAUGCUGUGAGGUUGGUAUAUAAAUAUCUAUAAAUAUAUAAUCUUUCUUUCA